AUGUACUGCCAGAAGUGCCGGACGCCACUAAAGUUGGAUGGCUCACUCGAGUCGCUCAACCCAGCUGCUUUUGAGCUGCUCGCUAGUAAGCUUCCCCCCGACCCGCGCAGCCACAUGUUGAUCUCUAACCAAGCUUUUGGCUCAGGCUCUACGGGCAAGACACUCUCCGACCACGGCGCUACGUCAUCUCCGCGAGCUUCCUACCCUGCGGACCGCCGUGAACACUACGAUCGAGCGUCUAGCAAUGCUACCACUCCGAUUUACAGGAGAUCUAUCCCCGCCCCCCGGUCGGGCGGUCAGUCACACCCGCCGGGGAUGCCACGGGCUGAUAGCGGGAACAUGUCCUUCGUGAUGCUUACAGAGUCCCAGUUCGUUCCUCCGCCUGUGGAGAACGCUCUGCCGGCUCGACCAAAGCGGAAGAGUAUCCAGGGCCCAGAUUGUCAUCAAGAGGGCGGGUCAUUUGCCAACCAGAUCGAGAAAUCAACCCGUCUGUUUGAGAUUGUCUCUUCGCGGUCAGAUAUCGACCACCCCGUUUGUGUGGAGUGCACAGAGCUGCUGGUUGAGGGCUUGCAGAAACGCCUAGCUGGUUCGACGAAAGAGCGUGAUGCGUAUAUAUCGUUUCUUCGAAAUUUGAAUGCGUCGGUUCCGACUGCAGAAGAGAUGGCGGCCGCCGAGAAGUCCCUCCAGGAAAGCCUUAAAGCCGAGGAAACGAUGCUGGCAGAUCUCGAGGCUUUGGAGCGGGAGAAAGCCAAGCUCGAUGCGGAGAUUGGUGCUCUCGAAGAAGAGUCGCAACAGUUGGAUGCGAAUGAAGAGGCGUUUUGGCGAGCCCGGAAUGGCUUUGCCUUGACGCUGGGAGAGUUCCAAACUGAGCGGGAUGCAUUGAAUAUGCGCUACGACCAUGACUCGCAGCAACUGGAGCGAUUACAAAGAACGAAUGUCUAUAAUGACGCGUUUUGCAUCGGGCAUGACGGAUAUUUUGGGACUAUCAAUGGACUGCGGCUGGGUCGGCUGGCUAACCCUUCAGUCGAGUGGCCCGAGAUCAACGCUGCAUGGGGCCAGACCUGUUUGCUCCUGGCCACCAUCGCAGAGCGUCUGGGCUUCCAAUUUCAAGGGUAUCGCCUGAGACCGCUGGGAUCGACCUCGCGGAUUGACAAGAUUGAGUACCCACUGCAGCCGGCCGGAACGGAUGUCAGUGAACGGGGCGCCCCAAAAGUCACUCAGCUGGAUCUAUUCUCGUCCGGAGACCUUCCACUCAACCUCCCAUGGCUGCACCGUCGCUUUGAUAACGGAAUGGUGGCGUUCCUAGACAGUCUGCGACAGCUAGGGCAGUUCGUUGCAUCAACCCCUGCACCGGUAGCAUCCACCCGCCGCGGCCAGACCGGCGGCGCCGCUGCUCCCGGAUUAAGGUUGCCCUACGAGAUCAAGAAGGAUCGCAUUGGUGAUGCUAGUAUUAAGCUCGGGUUCAACCAGAACGACGAGACCUGGACUCGGGCUUGCAAAUACACCCUGACUUGCUGCAAGUUUCUGCUCGCGCACGCUAGUAAUGUUGCCAGUGCGGGCUCCAGCAACUCUGCGGCCGUUGCAGCUGCGGCGGUGGCAGCUGCCAGUCCCACCAAGCCUCGAACAUGA